ACUUGGGCAACAGGCAAAGCCAUUUCAACUAACCUCCAAUGCAAAAAACCGCUGUAUGAAAAUCCGAAAAAUAUUCAGUGUCUGGGAGCGAAUAAUUUCCGAGGGUGCAAGGCGGUCUAUUGUCUUUAUACUGCCCCCAACAGUCCUAUUCAGGUACGGAUUCUUUGUUAGCUGGUACCGACCACAUAAAAAAGUUGCAUCGGAGGCUUCCGCGACCCAACACACACCGACGAUACUUCUCCAAUAUGCCACGAACUGCAAUUUAUUUACCAAUAUCGAAACGUACCAGAGGAACUAUGAACCCCAAACCAUGGAACCUAAUACAGGCCUCAACAUUCACGCUCUACUAUGUGUUCGACCCUCCGGAGGAAUAGUAGAAAUGCAUGUACAUAUAUACAUACGAUCGAUUCAUCUCAUCGCUACCUAAUCGACAUCUCAUCAUCAUCGUCAUCAUCAUUGUCACCAUCAUAUUGCAAUAAGAAAAUCCUUUGCUACAAGCACGACAUGAAUCAUAUACCUGUCUUGCCUCUAGACGCGGACGUGGAGAUGUCCCCUCCUUCAAUCAUCACCCGCCUAUCUAGACCCAUCUUCCGGAUCGUAUACUGGAUCCUCAUCUGGAUGGCCCUCGUAAUCACCCUCGCCAUCAUCGCCGUGCUGUGCCUGAUCGUGUACGAGCACUUGGUAUGGGGGCACUUUUUCAAGCUUUGGGUCUACGGCGUUUAUCUUCAGGUCGGGGUUGAGUUUAUUAGGGUCAAAUUGGAUGACACGAAUGAGUGGGAUGAGUUGGAUGACACGAAUGAGUGGGAUGAGUUGGAUGAGACGAAUGAAUUAGAUGAGUUGGAUGAGACGAAUGAAUUAGAUGAGUUGGAUGAGAUGGACGAGACGAAUGAGUUGGACGAGUUGGAUGAUGAUGAGGUUUAGUUUUGCUCGUCAAGUCCCAUGAAAUGGCAAUCAGGAAUGGGAGGCAUAUGGGAUGGAACAGAUAUGUUACGAAAAUGACACCCUGAAGAAGGAAAAUCGAAAUCACGCCUG